AUGGGUUCUUUACCAAAAAUCGCCAUCAUCGGUGGUGGACCUGCAGGCCUUACCCUCGCAAACAUCUUACAGAAGAACAAUAUUCCCUUUUCACUGUUCGAACGUGACGCUUCCCCCAACGAGCGAAACCAAGGGGGUACUUUAGAUUUACAUCCAAAGGCAGGACAAGCAGCACUUCGUAAAGCCGGGCUAUGGGAUGAGUUCAUCCAGCAUGCACGGCCAGAGAGCGAUGUUCUCAAAGUGGUCAAGCCGGAUGGUGAGGUGCUCUGGGACGGAAAUGCUGGGCAAACUCCAGCAAGGCAAGAUGACAACAACAAAAACACCGACAAAUUCCAGCGACCGGAGAUAGACCGCCAAAAAUUGAAAGAUGUGCUGCUACGGCAUCUCGAUGAAAGGAACUUGUAUUAUGACAAAACGCUCGAUAGCGCUGUUCCCAAUGGACAAGCCGAUAGCUGGAAUUUGCAUUUUCGUGACGGAUCGAUAGAGAAGGAGUUUGAUCUGAUUGUGGGUGCUGAGGGAGCUUGGUCUCGUACGCGCAAGCUUCUUACAGAGAUCCAGCCGUUCUACUCUGGAAUAAGUGCAAUUGAACUGUGGGCGCUGGAUGUCAACGAAAAACAUUCAUGGAUGGUGGAAUAUGUCGGUCAAGGUAGCCUAUUUUCCUUUGGGGAAGGCAGAACAAUUCAGAUUCAAAGGAUUGGAGAUGGCAGCAUCCGAACUUAUGCAUGCCUCAGAAAGCCGGAGGGGUUUAUAAAAGACUGUGGCAUUGAUUGGACACAGCCCGACGCUGCUUGCAGGGAAUUAGUUGAGCGGUACUACGACGACUGUGGAGCUGACUUGAAGCGAAUGAUCCUGAAUAGCACCGAUAACCUGAUCCCUCGUCCACUCUACAUGCUUCCAGUUGGGAUUAAAUGGAACCCUCGACCUGGAGUGACACUUCUCGGAGAUGCCGCCCACUUGAUGACCCCUUUUGCUGGAGUCGGUGUAAACGCAGCAAUGCUUGACGCACUGGAACUCGGAAAUUCCCUUGUAGAUCUGAAAAUGGGAAAAAUCCAAACAUUGAGCCAGGCAAUUGAGAAGUAUGAGCACGGCCUAUUUCCUCGAGGACAAGCCUUUGCUCAGAAAACAAUAAAUAACCUGAAAGUUCAUUUUAGUGCGGAUGGGUGUAAUCACCUAUCGAUGGAUUCCUAG